GCCCGCUCCAGCGGACGCAAUCAGACGCGCAACGACGACACAUCUUACCCAUCCUCUCCCGACACCGUCCUGCCGUCGUGCGAGCCAAACGACGAUCCUGCCUUCUCCUUCUCUGCCAACUCCACCGACGGCCUGUCGACCCCUACAUACCUUCGAGGCGAUUCUAAUCCAGCAUCAAGCCUACCUGCGCGCCUGCAGACUGGCUUCCUCGCCUCUGCCGAGUACGCUUCAAGCACAGCAGCCUCAUCACCCUGUGGUGUUGCCGACCUAUCCAUUGACAGCGACCGAGGAGGCGACAUUUCUGGCAACGAGACUGGCACUGCGCUGACGUCCCAUUCAGCCAGAAGCCGGUCUCCCUUCAACGUUUCUCGCCGCGCCAUCAUGACCAGUGAUGCCAACCCUCACCAGCGUUCUUCCUCUCCCUUGAAAAGAAGAGCCUCCAGCAUGGAUCCCGACGCCGACGUCAGUAUGAAGGAGGAGGAUAUCGAGAUGGCCUCCACCCAGCAGCAGCAGUCCGCCGGGGAUGCCGAGUCUGCCCCGACUUUCUCCAACACUCACUUGCCCAGGGCUAUGAGUGUCGAUCUGCCCGAUAAUGUUGCAAAGGGAGCAUCCGGCACACGCAAUGAUAAGGAUCUCCCCCCUCUCGAAGAUCAGAUCAAGACCAUCCAGACCCUUCUCAAGGCCUUCAACGACGAACCCCCGAAAACAGGCGAUGUCGCAUACGUCGUGUCGAGAUCAUGGGUGGAAAAGGCUUUGGCGCUUGGCGGAGACCCCAAGUUUGCCAAGAAAGAGACGACAAACGAGCCGCUGGGUCCUGUGGACAAUUCAGAUCUCAUUCUCGAGGUCCUGCCGCAGCCCAAUGGUGACGACUUUGUCCGGAUGAAGCCUGGUACGGGCAUGGAGGAGUGCGAGCUCUUCCCGGAAGACGCCUGGACGCUCGUCUCGGAGUGGUAUGGUGUCGGCGACGGACAGAAGCCCAUUGUGCGCAGUGCUAUCAACGCGGCGCCGGACUCAACGAGCGAGAAGAACAUCAUGUUCGAGCUGAAUCCCCCCGUCUUCACGAUUCACAGACUCUGGUCCAUGUCGAGCCCUAUUAAGAUUGACGACAAGCUCAAGAGCAAGGAGCCCAUCGUCCUAGUCCGGAGUGCGACUACACCUUACAACCCGUUCUACAAGGAGCUCAAGGAGCUCGCAGGCGUGUCUCUAGACCAGAAGAUGCGCGUCUGGCAGCUCGCCCAGAAGCCUGCGGUGCAAGAGUCAUCGCCCCGAUCGGCCCUUACACCACCCGACUCGCCAAAUCCGGACAAGGACGGUGAGAGCUCUUCGGACCCCUGGCAGCAUAUGCUCGUGGAAGUGCACAACUUUACAAAGGUCAACGGCGGAGACCGACAGGUGGUGCCUGCCGUGGAUAACACUGCCAACCCCAACUACAACGGCAACUCUCCCCUCUCUGUCUACGGACUGAUGCAGGACAUGACUCUUGUCAUUGACGAAGAGCUCGCCAAGACUACGUGGGUUUCGAACUACUUCAAGGGAGGCAAGAACGACAAGGUCCUGGCGUCCAGAGGUUCUGCCACGAGCCUCACCGCUCCAGGCAAGGCCACCAGCAGCGGAAGAAGCAGCCCUGCUCCCCAGGGACCCGUUACUAGAGGCCGAACCCAGCAGAAGAAGAAGCCUGGCCGCGGUUUGGGCGCCGUCGGUCUUCAGAAUCUCGGCAACACCUGUUACAUGAAUUCGGCUCUGCAAUGUGUUCGCAGCGUUGAGGAGUUGACAAAGUACUUCUUGACAGAUAAGUACAAGGAGGAACUCAACAAGGGCAACCCUCUCGGCUACAAAGGACAGGUGGCCAUGGCUUAUGGUGGACUCCUAAAGGAGAUUUACAACGAGUCGAGAGGCGCUGUCAGCCCUCGCGACUUCAAAAACACGGUCGGUCGCGCUCGCGCCACUUUCCAGGGCUGGGGUCAACAAGAUACCCAAGAAUUCCUCGGCUUCCUCCUCGACGCUUUGCAAGAGGAUCUCAGCCGUAUUCAGAAGAAGCCUUAUAUUGAGAAGCCGGACUCUACGGAUGACAUGAUUGGCAACGAGGAGGCCAUUCGCAAGAUGGCCGAGGAGGUGUGGGACAUCACUCGGAAGCGCGAUGACUCCGUUGUCGCAGACCUCUUCACCGGUUUAUACAAGUCGACUCUUAAGUGCCCGAUGUGCGAUAAGAUCAGCAUCACUUUCGACCCGUUCAACAACCUUACACUGCCGCUGCCUAUGGAGGACAUGUGGAGCCGGCCUGUCAAGUUUUACCCACUCAACGAUGCGCCUGUGCAAUUCGAGGUUGAGUUGUCGAAGCACAGCACCAUGGAGUUGUUGAAGAAGGUCCUUUCGGACAAGACUGGUGUGCCUGUGGAGUUGUUGCUCGGAGCAGAGGAGUUCAAGGGCAAAUUCUUCAAGGUCUACGCCGACCACACCUCGGUCUCGGAGGAGAUUCAGUCAAACGACAUUCCUGCUUUCCAUGAGCUGGAAUCGUCUCCGACAAACUUCCCUCCCAAGCAGAAGAAGAUGGGAACACCCAGCUCGAUGCUGGAGAUCAGCGAUGAGCCAUGGGUUGACCCUCGUACUGAGCGGAUGGUGGUCACUGUGCUUCACCGCAAGAAGACGGGCAAUAACUUCCGAAUGAGGGGAGAUGAUAUUGCGUCGCCUCCUCACUUCAUUGUUCUCACGCCCGAUGAGUCCCGCAGUGAAGAUGCCAUUCGUCGCAAGGUUCUGGAAAAGGUUGCAUCGUUCUCUACCUGGUCUGAAUUUGAGGAAACCGACGGCAGCACGGAUGCAGACAUGGUUAUCACGUCCCAGUCCGAUGCUGAUUCGUCAGGAGACAGUAAGGUUGGCUCCAACUCAGUCGAAGGCGAGGAUGACUUGGUGAACGUAUCUGUCGGCGCAGGCGAGCAACAGCAAACUGAGCGGCGGACCCUGAAGCAGUUCAACACUCGUCGUCCGAAGUGGGCGGAUUCCAAGGAGUAUCUUCCGCCUCAUCUCCAGAACCUGUUCGACCUCAGCUACUUUCACGAGACUACUGAUUACGGGAUGCCCACGGGCUGGAACACGGUAGACGACAAUAAGAAUUUCCGUCCCCUGUCAUCCCGCGCCCCGGAGAUCCCUAACGAGGAUUCCAACAGUCCUGGCUCCACCAACGGUGCGGAUAGCGAGCAUGAUAGCGUCAGCGAAGAGACUACCCCGCAGUCCAUCGAGGAGCAGACUCGCAUGGCGGACGAGUCGGAAGAGGACGAGCCCGUUCGCGUGAUCAAGCCUAUGAGUCGAGGAAGAGGUAACCACAAGGUCGGUGGAGCUCGUCGAAAGAAUAACAAGGGCAACAAGACCUACGGAAAGAGGGGCGGUAAGCGUCGCAACAGAGACGUGCGGAACAGCAAGGAGCAGUCUUUCCACGUGGUUGAUGUUGAGCCUCAGCCGUCGCCUGAGGACGACGUUCGCGGUGGUCCGCUCGUACGUCUGGAUGAGGGCAUUGUCGUCGAUUGGUCCGAAGAAACUUGGGACUUAGUCUUUGGCAAGGAGUCAUUGCGCGACACCGACGACAACCGCGGCUCAAAGACCUUUACCGAAGUGGAGGUUCUCGAGGACCCAAUCUUGAAGCAGAAGCGUAAGUCGAGGCUGGCUCGGAAGAAGCAGGGUAUCACCCUUGAGGAGUGCUUGGACGAGUUUGAGAAGGCCGAAGUGUUGUCUGAGCAGGAUAUGUGGUAUUGUCCACGCUGCAAGGAGCAUCGACGCGCUAGCAAGAAGUUCGACCUCUGGAAGACGCCGGACAUUCUAGUUGUUCAUCUGAAGCGGUUUAGCAGUGCUGGCUGGCGCCGCGACAAGCUUGACGUUUUGGUCGACUUUCCCAUCGAGGGCCUUGACCUUCACAAGCGCGUUCUCUGCCAGGAGACGGGCAAGGAAGAAAUCUACGACCUCAUCGCGGUUGACGAUCACUUUGGUGGUCUCGGCGGUGGUCACUACACUGCUUACGGACGAAACUUUGUUGACGGCCAGUGGUACAACUACAAUGAUACCUCGGCCACCAAGACCUCGCCCGAGAGCGUCGUUACCAGAGCUGCCUACCUGCUCUUCUACCGGCGUCGGUCCGAGGGCCCCCUGGGCGGCCCUCGCUUCAAGGAGAUCUUCGACAAGUUCGACAAGGAUGGAGAAGAUGACGAUGAAGAGGACACCGAUUCGGGGGAAGAUCAACGUCUCGUCGGGGGCUCCUCCCUAACUGGAUCGUCGAGACUUGGGAUCGGAGCCGAAGCAACUCACCCGCGCGGAAAUCGUGGUUUGGCUAGUAACACAAUGUCCACGGCCAACCCCAGCGCAGAGGAUGAGCUGCCUCCAUAUGAGGGUAGCUCCAGCACCAAUGUUGGUAGCGACAACAUACAAAAUAGCAUAGAGGAUGAGGGCAUCGGCAUGACUGACUACACUGGAGGAGCGACUGCGUUCUCGGCCACGCAGGGCUGGAACUGGAACUCUUUGGACUCCGCUGAUGGAACGAACAACUCUCUUGGUCUGGACGGCUACGGCAGCGACGAUGCUCAACCCGACUCUUCAGACGAGCGCGAAACCGGCAACGAUGCUGACAUGCAGUUCGAUGAGACCAUGGGAGAUUACGAGACUGUCAAUGACGAGGCGCCUCCGCCGCCCGACUUUGGCGCUCAGGUCGGCCUCUCGGAGAUCCAGAACGCCGCCUGGGCCCGUCAGAACAAUACCGAGGUCAUUUCUGUGCCGGCUGCUGGUGACGAUGCCGCGUCCACAGAGGCAGCAGAGAUCCAUCUUGAUGACGAGGCGGAGCCGCAGCAACAGCCUAGUCGGUCACAGUAG